AUGCCGACGGACAUAACGGUAAAACUACCUUUGAAAUUGGCUGACGAUGAUCUGGUCGCAAAACCUCGUAGAGGAAGAAUUCCAACUAGACCACCUAAUAAUUUUUUGAUCUUUAGGACCGCAUAUACUAGGGUCCUACAAUCUAGGGGACACUGGGAUCUUCGUAUGAGGGAGGUCACCAGUCAUGCAGCGAGAGCUUGGGCUCUCGCGUCACCGGAAGUAAAAUUAGAAAAAGAUCAUUUGCCUCUUUCAUUGCCUGAUAACAAUCUUCAAAUAGAAGAUUGCUCUAGUUCAACAUCCACAACACCCCCAACACCUCCAAUACAAGAUGUAGUCGCAUCAAUUUACUUUGAUGAUAUGAUGAGUCAUAACUAUACACAAGCAUGCGAAUGGCCGGAACAUCAUCAUAUUGGCUACGAAAUGUCAUUUUCCUCAAGUGGAAGUGAUUUAGGGGAAAAUGUCCAUCGAUACACCACAACCAUUUACCCCUCUGGGUAG